AUGAAGAGUGAGAAUGAAACUUAUUCAGUGGACUUCAUUCUGCUGGGAUUCCUGAGCCGGACCAGUGUACACUUGUUCCCCAUGGCCAUGAUCUUAUUAGCCUUCAUCGCUGCCUUGUCUGGGAAUGCUCUUCUCAUGCUUCUAAUCCAAGUGAAUUCCUCCCUUCACACUCCCAUGUACUUUUUCCUCAGACAAUUGGCCUUCAUGGACAUCUGUCAGACACUGAUAAUUGUCCCCAAAAUGUUAGCUGACUUCCUGAUCCCAGGCAACCCCAUUUCUCCAGCUGGCUGUGGGACUCAGAUUUUCCUUGUGCUGACAAUGGGUAUAUCAGAGUGCCUCGUCUUGGCAGUCAUGUCUUAUGACAGGUACAUAGCGAUCUGCAACCCCUUGCAGUACCCCAUCCUCAUGAGCAGAAACAUCUGCUUUGUUUUAUCAGCUGGGGUCUGGAUGGGAGCAUCAGUAAAUGCCCUGUUUCACACAGUUUUUACACUGGCUCUCCCCUACUGUGGCUCCAAAGAGAUUGACCACUUCUUCUGUGAGGUCCCAGCCCUGCUCAAAUUGUCCUGCUCUGACACCUCUCAAUAUGAGGCUCUGGUGUUCGUGAGUAGCGUUGUCGUGCUCCUCAUCCCUUCUUCCAUUAUACUAGCCUCUUAUGCUUGUAUCCUCUCCAGGGUCCUGAGGAUGAAGUCAACCAAGGGACAGCAGAAAGCUCUGGCCACCUGCUCCUCCCAUCUCACUGUGGUGGUCAUGUUUUACGGGGCAGGCAUCUUCAUGUACAUGAGACCCAGCUCCUACCACUCACCAGAGCAAGACAAGAUUGUGUCUCUGUUUUACACCAUUGUCCCCCCAGUACUGAAUCCACUCAUCUACAGCCUGAGAAACAGGGAUGUCUUAUAUGCUCUCAGAAAGUGGAUUGGGAAAUGCAGAGACUUCCAGCAAGAUUGACAGAAGUUGUAGCCUGUCCAGGGGAGGGGGGAGGGAGCCUUGCAUGAGGCUGAGCCCACUGCAGAGCCUGGCAGCCUGAACCUUCUCUCUAACAAUUUUAGGCGCUCUUCCUAAUAACCCUGGGUCAUGCCUGGGGGAACAGAGACUUCCUCAAUUCCCGCUGGUCCCCCUUGGUAAGUUUGUAAAUGAACACCAGAUCCCCUCUCAGCCGUCUCUUGUGGAGACUGAACAGGUUCAGGCCCUUUAGCCUCUCCUCAUUGGGCCCACCUCGCUGCCCCUUGACCAUGCGAGUGGCUUUCCUUUGGACCCUCUCGAUGCUAGCCACAUCCCUCCUGAAGUGCCAUGCCCAGAACUGGAUGCAGUACUCCAACUGGGGCCUGACCAGCGGCGCAUA